AAGUAGUUCAGAGUCCAGGCAGACAUUUUGAAGGUGAAUCACUCGAAAGUAACUCGUAAACAGAAAGUACACACAGUGAGCUGGUUUUCGUGGAAACAUCAACACGAUACCAGAAAGUAGUUCAAAGUCCAGGCAGACAUUUUGAAGGCGAGUCACUCGAUACGUAAACAGAAAGUACACGCAGUGAGCUGGUUUUCCUGGAAACGUCAACACGAUACCAGGAAGUAGUUCAGAGUCCAGGCAGACAUUUUGAAGGCGAGUCACUCGAAACGUAAACAGAAAGUACACACAGUGACCUGGUUUUCCUGCAAACGUCAACACGAUAGCAGGAAGUAGUUCAGAGUCCAGGCAGACAUUUUGAAGGUGAAUCACUCGAAUUAAACAUGGCAACAAAAGUAUCCGAAUCUGAAGUCCAGUCCGGUUUUGUUGAGAACUGGCAAAAAGGAAAGUCAGUCAUUGAGAGUCUGAGAUAUUCACUGGAGGAAAAGAUUCUGUGUGACGUCACAUUCAUAGUGGGAGAAAACCGGAAGCGAAUACAGGCUCACAGGUUCAUGCUGAGUCUGCGUAGCUGUGUCUUCCUGGCAAUGCUGACGGGGCCGCUGGUGGAACAGGAUAAUAUUGAAAUCCCGGAUAUCGAUCCUGAUGUUUUUGAUCAAUUUCUGAAGUUCCUGUACACAGACGACGUAUCCAUUGAUGGUAAUAAUGUAAUCGGUUUGUUAUAUGCCUCCAAGAAGUACAACAUUGUUGGUAUCGAAAAGAAAUGUCUGACAUACAUGGAAUCAUCUCUUUUAUCAAGUGACGUCUGUUUAGUGAUGGAACAAGCACACUUGUACAACGAAAAUAACUUGAUGCAGACAUGUCUAAAAUAUAUUUGGCAAAAUGGCGACGUAGUUUUAAAAUCUGAUAGUUUCUGUGACCUCUGUCUCGACUGUUUUGUGAAGGUCAUAGAGGCUGAUCAACUAAACGCCAGCGAGGAAUCAGUUUUUGAAGCUGUCAUCGUCUGGAGCGAGGCAGAGUGCAGACGGCAAGGACGGGAGAUAACUCCAGAGAACCGACGUGGUGUUCUUGGUGAGAGUGUGUAUGAAAUUCGAUAUUCUACACUUGACCCAAAAUAUUUUGAUGAGAAAGUUUCCCAUACAUGUAUGUUGACAAAAGAUGAACAAAUAAAGAUCAUGAGAUCUUUUUUAUUUCGGAACAAAGAUAUUUCACCAUUUAAAUCUAAACACAGGGUCGGUAAAAAGGAGACAGCCACUUCGAUUCAACGAUUUGAUAACACGGACUAUAAGUCUAUGCCACCUUCAGUUGUUAAUAAUGAAGGAAUAGUAUUCAGUCUGAAUACCAACGCAGCACUACGAGGAUUCCAAGUGUUUGGGUAUUUGGUCCAAUCGUUUUCUGUUCCCAUGGCAUGUAAGUUGACAGCUUCUAUGUGUGAGACUUCAACAGAUCAAUUAGUGUCUGGUUCGUCAAUAUCAAAGGACAUUUUGACACGUGGCGUUACUGUUGAUGUAUACUUCCCAAGUCCAAUCCAGCUGGUUCAAGAUAAAAAGUACAAUUUGACUGUCAGAAUUGAAAUAUCAUCUGAGGUUCGAAACGUACAUACAUAUGUUGAAUAUGGAUACCAACAACAAACUCCGCUAAUAACCCUGUUUACUGGUAAAGGAGGAACAUCAGUUGUGAGUCAUGGAUCAUUUACCUGUUCGUUCUAUGAGUACAAACAGUGCAGUCAUCUUCAAGUAAAAAUGGCAACCAAAGAAUCCGAAUCUGAAGUCCAGUCUGGAUUUGUUAACAACUGGCAAAAUGGAAAGUCAGUCAGAGAAAGCCUGAGAUAUUCACUGGAGGAAAAGAUCCUGUGCGACGUCACCUUCAUAGUGGGAGAAAACCGGAAGCGGAUACAGGCUCACAGGUUGAUACUCAGUCUGCGUAGCUGUGUCUUCAUGGCGAUGCUGACCGGACCUCUGGCGGAGCAGGAUGACAUUGAAAUCCCGGAUAUCGAUUCUGAUGGUUUUGAUCAACUUUUAAGGUUCUUGUACACAGACGUCAUAUCCAUUGAUGGUAGAAAUGUGAUCAGUUUGCUGUAUGCCUCUAAAAAGUAUGACAUUGUUGAUAUAGAAAAUAAAUGCCUGACGUAUAUUGAGUCGUCUAUGUCGCCACAUGAAGUCUGUUUUGUGAUGGAACAGGCACACUUGUAAAAUGAACAAGACUUGGUG